AUGGACACCGGGCCUGCACCAAAACCAUUUCUACCAGCGUCAGGGACAACCUGCAUGGAUCGUCUGGGCCUGGUGCCAACGCAAAAGACCUUCCCCCCGAGCCUGGCGCCCAAGCCAGCCAACAUCAAUGCCAAGAGUAUCGCCGCGGUCAGGGGCCUGGAGGAGGAUAUCCGGCUGGCGGCGCUAGCGGAGGCGGAGAGGAAGGUGGCGGAGGCGGUGAAGGCGGAAAACGUGACGGCGUUUGGGGCCCAGCUGCGCACCGCCAUUCUGGCGGGUGAUGACGUCAGCUUUUGGAGAGCCGCCAGGCACGCCGAUGACGUCAAGCAAUCCGUGGAGGUAUCAAAGGCGCGUGCGGCCGCCGCCGCCGCGGCCGCGAGCCCCAUGGUCGCCGCCGCCGCCGUUGCCCGUAGCGGUGACGGUAGUGGCGGCGGGGACGCUGCUGCCGACGGGACGAGCAAGGCGUCCAUGCUGUCGUUCGUGGACGAUCUUUUGAAGGAAGCGACGCUGACGUUGGAAUCCCCGUCGGGGCGAACAGACGGUACGAAAGACGCGAGCACCAGCGGCGGCGGCUCCGCCACCGUUGCCGCCGCCGCGGCGGCGGCGUCAUCAACGCCACGCACCGCCGCUGGCGGCGGGCGCAAGGGGCAUGGCGGCGGCGGCGGCGGCGGCAGCGCAAACAAGCCGGCAUGGGCGUUGACGGAGGAGGAGGUGUCGAAGCUGGAGGACGCGGAGGAGGAGGAGCUUCUGAAGUUUGCAGAUGACCUAGACUUUGAAGCCUUCAUGGCGGCUUUAGAUGAUCCAGAGCUGCAGGAAUGUGUCAAGGCGAGCAGCAGCGAGGGGGGCAAGGCACCGGCUCCAGGGGAGGAGAAGGCCUGGCGCAGGAACCUGGUCAAGGCUAUGAACCAUGUGGCCAUGAAGCGGGUGGCAGCGGCACGGCGAGCCGGGCGAGACGGCGAUGAUGAGGACAGCGGCUCGGUUGCGGUGGGCUCGGACGGCAUCACGACAGCUCUCAGCAAGGCCACCGCUGUCAGCAGGAUGAAGUCCGAGGCGGCCGCGGCGAAGCGCGCAGCUCUAUCGGAAGCCAAGGGCGAGGGGGCGGCCGGGGGCGGCUGGGAUGCCUCCACGCGCGCCUCGGACGACGUAGGUCGGAUGGAGCGGGCAAAGGCCGCCACGGUGGAGGCCUUUGAAUUCCUGAGGGAAAACCCGGAGCUCCGUGCCGUACAUUCUCCCGCCAGUGUACGAGCUAUGAUUACUAAGGCCGAUACGGUUGUGGGAGCAGUGGGAAAGGCGCUCCUUAUCUUUACGACGCGCGUACACUUGAAAGAUUACAUUGGUAUGCGCGCUUGCCACGGCCUUUGUAUCUGUCUGUCUUGUGCCAACAACCAUAACCAUCUGUACAAGUCAUCGCCACCGUGUCGUUAUGCUCUGAACCUACAUCCCACGUCCGCAAAGCAGAAGGCAACUAGAAGGCAACCCACGUCAUACCUGAUGUGGACGCCCCGUCCUUUCGACCCUCGCCCUGGAAAAUUAGGAGCCUAA